CUUUGAAAUUGGAUUUGUAUACAUAUGGCACACGAGGACAAUAAUGACGAUACAACUAGUGCUUAUUCAAGAAGGUUCCCAGGAACUCCCAUUCAAUAUAGUGAAAGCUUUCAUCCUCAAAUACAAGAAUUGUUCGAGUCGGCUAUGCAAAUGGAAAGCAAGUCCCAGAAGUGUUUUGUGGGCUCUUGUAUAAAGUCGGCUCCUUGUAAAGUCACUGCGGUAGUGGUGGACUUGCAAGUCAUCCUAUUUCAAUGGGACAGUUGUUUGUCUAGGAAACGAAAAGAAGAUAAUAGUGAUAUCAGGUCCUAUUAUCUUUUGAGAAGUCGUGGUGGUGAUGGAACCUACCACAGACUGAAGUUGCCUAGUUCAAAACACGGAUAUCGUCCGGAAACGGUUGUUACUUGUGGCGAAUAUUUGAUAGCUUGUUCUUCCGAAGGACUACUCAGGUUGUGGAAAGUUAUUGGAAAGCCAAAAUUACAGUUUGAAGUUCACCUGGAUAUUAUUGCUGAAGCUAUUGCCGUAGAAGAGCAGAAUUUUUCUUCAAGUGAUAUCGGAAUCUAUGUAUUAUCGGAUUCCGGAGAUAUCAUUCUUGUGUCUACCAAUAAGAAUACUGGAGUUAGGAGAUGUUCUAAAGGCAGUUAUGGGCGGCUAUCCAAAGUGUUAGAAAAUGCAUUUCAUGCAGUAACUUUUCUUCGUGACAGAGAGGAAGGUCAAGAGUGGCUAGAAAGUUCAAAAAGAGUAGCAUCUAAAAUAUGGACCUUUUCAAAGAAAAAGUUUGUAAUAUCGUUAUUUCAGUCACACCUGGAGAAAUGGUUUGUAUCUGAAAAUGGCGAAAUGUGCAGUUGUAUGUGGUCCUUAGAUGUGGAAAUGUUAAAGAAACAACAAAUAUGGUAUCAUAAUAAGGAGGUUAUUUCUAUCGUAGAUGCGGAUUCUUUUCAAGAUAGAUAUAUUGCUUGUCUGUUAGCCAUAUUUUGGGAAGAGCAGUCAAUCCAUUUCAUUGUCCGUUAUCGUAUCGUUUUGAUAGAUACAUUAUCAGAUGGUGUUCCCAGAAACUUUGCUUUUCAAGUAUCAAUUGACUUGGAAAGUGUUGUAGACAAAAAGAUGUGGAAGAGAAUUGUGAGUCCGCGACUGACUAUUUCUGGUUUCUCUUCAUAUGUUUUAUUUCCUUUUGACCGAAAAAUUGUCAUUUCCUCCUUAGCUUUGGAUAUGGAUCAAGCACAAGUGCAACAAAUAGAUUCUUUUGCCAAUUGGGGAGUGGAUUCUAAUCCUAUUGGAUUGAUGGAUGCUCUAUCUUUUGUUGAUAUAUUGGCUCCUACUGAGUGUAUCCAUUGGAUAGACUCAUUCAUUGGCAUUAUUACGAAGAAGAAUUGUAUUUUUCGCUUUCCUGGUUUUUGUGCCGUACCAUUGUCUUCAAGCCAAUCCGAAAUAUCCAAUGACAAAUUGCACAGUGAUGUAAAGAUAUUAUGUAUAUCCUUUAGCCAAUUUAUUCAUGGCUUUGAAAAUGCUUCGAAAUUGAGUGCUCAAAGUCUUUAUCCUAGUGAUAUGGAUCAGGUUGUUUUAACCUUUUUGACACUCUUUUUGGAUAUGGCUGGUGAUGAAUAUAGUCCAAUGGUUAGUGAAAGAAUUUGUUACAAGGCUCUUCUCUUUCGCAAGUUUCUCGAUUUCACUCUAUUACCUAUUUGGAAGGGAGGAGAGACCGCGACUAUUUUUACUCGUCUAUCUCGUACCGGAAAACAAAAGCUUUUUGAAUAUAUCCAACGUGUCCUUAUUAUGGAACAACUGUAUGAGUUGGAAAAGAGUUUUUAUAUCGAUUCUGAAGAAAUGAACAGUUCUAAUGUGUUAUCACAAGCACUCAAGGCUUUGCAAGAAGACAUUUUGCCGAAUUGGACACUUUAUGAUUGUCCUUCCAUGCUAGAACAAUUAGUGGAAACUUUACAAGUAUUGAUUAUUCAAUCCAAAGAGAAACUGGACUCCCUAGAAACUUUGGCAAAUGAGAUAUCCUCUUCAGGAGAUAGGAUAUGCAAAGUAGUUCUUUAUCGUCGAAGUCUUUUACAACUUGCUCGAAUUUUUGCGGUUAUUUUUGAUACUUGUCGAAGUUUUGUUCUUUCCAUUUCUUCCAAGGUUCAACAACAGUGGCAGCAAAAAGUACCUUUGUGGCUACAUAUUUCUGAUUGGGAAAAGGCACUGUAUCCUUUAGUAGAUUUCUUAUUCACUGUGAAAGAUGCUAUGCAAGCAAAAGAAAUGAAUAUAGAUGUUGAACAAUUGGUCAUGCGUCUUGGAGAAUUUAUUAUAGCCCUUCACAGUAAUAUGAAAAGUCAUGUCCAUGAACGAGACAUUGUACACGAUAUAGCCACAAGAUACUUGAACAAGACAAUCUUUGAAGUGGCUAUUUCCUAUCGUCGUUAUGAAUCUGUCUUGUUAUUUCUAUUGAAUAAUAAUGUUUCGUCUUGUUUUGAUGACGAUUCUUUGUUGACCCUGUUUCACACUAUCUUUGAUCGAGCAUUGGAAUGCAGUGCUGAUGGUGAUUCCUGUUGGAAGGACUUUGUAGAAUUCUCAUUCACUUGGUUGGAACAGCAUGGUCGAUUUUGUAUCUUAUUGAGUCGUUGUGAAAAUGCAACUUAUCGACAGUUGCUUUUCCGAUAUAUUGAAAAUGGGGGACAUCCAAGACUUUAUUUAAGAUGGUUGUAUUAUUUUCAAGCCAAGGAAUAUCUUCAUGCUGCCACUGAUUUGUAUACUUAUUCUUGUCUAUUAUGGGAAAAGAACGAAAAGAAUUCUUUGGUUAAUUGUCAUACCUUGUUUUCUUUUGCUUUGCUUUGUCUCAAGUUGUCUAUGGUGAACGAUGUGGAUUGGAAAGAAGACUUGUAUCGUCGAUUGUAUCUCAUCAAAGCUCAUAAAGAGCUUUCAGAAGAUAUUCAAAACCUAUUGGAUACGAAAGGGUUAGUAACUAGAUAUGUGGAAGAGUCUCCUAUAGACUCGGAAAAACUCUAUGAACGUUGUGGCAUUGCUUUGGAGAUAAUUGAGAAGAGCCAUUUAUCAUCUGAGGAAAGCACCCGAUUAUCCGAUUAUGUAUGGAGUCGUAGUGUAGAAAGAGAGUUGUACCGUUGGGAGGCCAUUUUGAAAAGUAGUUUGAAUGAUGAAAUGAAACAAAAGCAGUUUUCGGAGUUGGCAUUAUUUCGACUUGUUGUUGACAGUGCAGGCACAACUUUGGAUGAAUGGAAAGAGCGAGUGCAUCGUGUAAGAGAAGAAAAUAAGCAGAAUCAGCAUCAUUGGACAAUGAAUAGUUCUUUAUUAUCAUUACUAUCAACUGCCGUAUAUUUAGCUAUUGGAAACCAAAUCUCGAAUGAGUGAUUGUCCAACUAAUUUGUUAUUUGAUGGAUACUUUUCGCGCUUUUUUACAAGACAAAGGUUUAUUCCGUAUUCGUGAAGAACUU